AUGGCUAGCCUCCAAAGCAGGGCCACUCGUCCAAGUCGUCUCUCCUACACUCUCUUGCACCUGUCGGCCAACAUCAAGCCCUCCCAAGACAAAAAUUUACACAGUCUCGACCUCGCCAACAUGCGGUCCUCUACCAUCCUUGCCGCCCAGAUUUCGGCCUCCACUGUAUAUGCCGCCGUCAUCAACGCGGCGGCCGCCCCUGUCGAGGCCCGCGACGGCUCCCCCACGCCCGCCGACGCCCCGACACCUUUCCAGGACGGCAACUCGCCGGACCUGGUGGCGAGGGCAGUUGAGAUUAUGCAGAAAGGGAGGGUUUAG